CUCUCUGCUAAGUGUUUUUACUUCUCUUUAACAGGCCAACAGAUCAGACACAUCAAUGUGUUGUGCGUAUAUCAGAGACACAAACGACAUGUACACAUGAACGCUACGAUACUACUAUAUAUCAUUAUAUACUGUGUAACAAACAUUUGAGUACUCCCACAAGAGUGAACCCCCAAAUGUUUGUUUGUUCUAUAUAAAUACCCUUGCAUGCCAAACUACAUAACACUUAUGCUACUCAUAUAAGCAUCAACAUCACAAUAUAACCGUCGUCAUCAUUAUAAUCUUCAUCUUUUUGAAAAGAAAAAAAAACAAAGAAAAUCAUGAGUUUCUCGAGAGUGGGAGUUUUGUUAGAUCUAUAUGUAAUGGUAAGGUCUUUAAUGUUUCUUGAGCUAAUGGUGGUGAUGGAGGCACAGCCACUGGUUCCAUCCAUGUUCAUCUUUGGUGAUUCGGUGGUUGAUGUUGCAAACAACAAUGAAAUCUACACAAUCGUUAAAGCUAAUUUUCCUCCUUAUGGAAGAGACUUCACAACCCAUAAACCCACCGGACGCUUCUGCAAUGGAAAGUUAGCUACUGACUUCACCGCUGAGAAUCUUGGAUUCACAUCAUACCCACAAGCUUAUCUAAGCAAAAAGGCAAAAGGAAGAAACCUUUUGACUGGAGCUAACUUUGCCUCUGCAGCCUCCGGUUAUUACGAUGGCACAGCCAAGCUCUACAGUGCAAUAUCGUUGCCGCAACAGCUUGAACAUUACAAAGACUAUAUAAGCCGGAUCCAAGAAAUCGCAGCCUCAAACAACAAUGCAAACGCCAGUGCUAUUAUAUCCGAUGGCAUAUAUAUCGUCAGCGCAGGAAGCAGUGACUUCAUACAAAACUACUAUAUCAACCCUCUCCUCUACAAAGUUCAAUCACCUGAUGACUUCUCCGAUUACCUCAUCCUCUCCUACUCCAGUUUCAUUCAGAAUUUAUACUCGUUAGGAGCAAGAAGGAUCGGAGUGACUACGCUUCCGCCGCUAGGAUGUUUACCGGCGGCCAUAACCGUGGCAGGCCCACACGAAGGUGGAUGCUCGGAGCAGCUAAACAACGAUGCAGUCUCCUUCAACAACAAACUCAAUACAACGUCGCAGGAUCUCAAGAGAAACCUCAUUGGACUCAAUCUAGUCGUGUUUGAUAUCUAUCAGCCUCUUUAUGAUCUCGCCACCAGGCCAUCUGAAUUUGGAUUUGCAGAGGCAAGAAGAGCUUGUUGUGGAACAGGAUUACUAGAGACAUCAAUACUAUGUAACCCUAAAUCAUUAGGAACAUGUAAUAACGCGACUCAGUAUGUCUUCUGGGACGGGUUUCUGUUGGUUUAAGCUUGAGGGAAGCUUGAAGAAGAAGAAACUGAAGUCCUAAUCGAGUUAUGAUUAGGAGAAGAUAAGGCUCAAGCUUUUAUUAGAAGUUAUCUAGAUAUUGUUGUGUUUCCUAGUAGGAAUAGGAUUUGGUUUUAUAUAAAUAUGUUAGUCGAGUUAUGACAUAAUAUAAGGAGAGUUUGUGAGAUUGGCUUGAGUUUUAAGAGAGAACAGAUUGUGAGAGAACUUUAGUUUUGAGUGAUUUUCUAAAGUUAAUAAUAAGAGAGCAAUUCUUAUUUU